UUCUAUAAAAUAAAUAAAUUAUUAUUUUGAUUGCGAAAAACGUUGUUUUGUUUGUAAAUGUUAAUCAUCUGAUGAUAAAUAAAAUUUGUACGUAGCAUAAAAUUAACAGCUGGUGUCGCAUAGUUUAUUUUUGUUUCAUAUCCAUUAUGAUGCUUCAACUUUUUAAAAAUAGUACAUUUUAAUUAUUGGAAAAUCGAAAUUUUUUGUUUCUGAUCAAGAUAGAAGACUGUCGUUGAGCGUACUGGAAAGCUUGACGUUGGUGAGUUUGAGCUGCAGUUUUUUGACUCUCGCUACAUGCUGAAGCCUGAGACAGAAGAAAAAAAAUGGAAGGGAUGGUUAAAACCAUCAUGUAUUCCCAUCACCAUCAUACUGGUCCUCAUCAUACUCGUCGUGCUUUUACCCCUUAUAGGACAGGACGAAGUAAAAUCAGUUGAAGUCAUGGCCCUUGGAGAUUAUGAUGCUCAAUAUAAAAAUUGUUCGAGUCCAUGUGCCAUCACCUUACUGGAAAGCAUACCUGAAAACCUGACUUUCGCUGCCGGUGAAACGAUUCAUGUUUCUGUUUUUGAAAGCUGGUCCCAACUCAUCUCCUUGGCAGAAAGAUCCAUUGAUAUCGCUACAUUCUAUUCAACACUAAAAGGACAAGAUAUUCAACCGGAUGAUCCGGAUCCUUCUUCUUGGCAAGGAGACAAAAUAUUUAGCGAUCUGAUGAAAGCUGGAACUGAAAGGGGAAUCAGAAUCAGGAUAAUUCAAAGUGAACCUACAGGUUCAAUGCCGGAUUAUGACACAAAAGAACUGGAAGUAAAAGGUGCAGCUAAAGUAAGGAGUUUAGACUUCAAAAAAAUGCUUGGUGGUGGAGUACUGCAUACAAAGAUGUUUCUUAUUGAUAAAAAACACUUUUACAUUGGAAGUGCCAAUAUGGACUGGAGAUCUUUGACGCAGGUUAAGGAGCUUGGUUUGGCUAUUUACAACUGUUCAUGCCUAGCACAAGAUCUGUUCAAGAUAUUUGAAGUGUACUGGAAACUUGGAGUUCCCAAUCCAUACAUACCUCCUGAAUGGCCAGCUGACCUGCAGACGUCCAUCAACAAAGAUAACCCUGUUUCAGUUAUAAUGAACAACUCACAAGUUCUCACCUACAUAUCUAGUUCUCCACCCCCCAUCUGCCCAAAAGGAAGAACAACAGAUUUGGAUAGUAUUUUGGAUACCAUCAACAGAGCCCACUCUUUUGUUUACAUUGCAGUCAUGGAUUAUUUUCCUACUUCUCUCUACAUGCAGAAAGAUCAUUAUUGGCCUGUCAUUGACGAUGCUAUCCGCAGAGUGACAGUUGUCAAGAGACUUCAAGUCAGGAUUUUGGCCAGUUACUGGAAUCAUACCAAACCUACUAUGAUGUCAUUUUUAAGAUCUCUCAAUUCCUUAAACAGUGAUUUGUUUGACAUUGAGAUAAAAAUCUUUGUUGUGCCAACUUAUACUGAGGCUCAAUCAAGAAUACCCUUUGCAAGGGUGAAUCACAAUAAGUAUAUGGUUACAGACAAUGCUGCUUAUAUUGGUACAUCCAACUGGUCGGAAGACUACUUUGUGAAUACGGGUGGCGUCGGCUUCGUGAUACGGAAUCCGGUCACCAACGGCACAGACGGGUCCAACCCUCUCCGCGAGCAAGUCGAGGAAGUUUUCAAGAGAGACUGGCGCUCCAAAUAUGCUCACCCUCUCUCACAGUUCAAAGAUAUCACCCACAUAAAGUGUGUUACUGGUGCUUACUGCAAACUCCCGCCGCCUACAGAACCUCCGAGCAUUCAAAUAAUGGACAACGAUACGUUCUUCAAAAGCAGGGGAGAGACCCUCGCUCCAAUCAUUCUCUGCCUUGUAGUCACGUGGGCGGUCGCAGCAUCACAUUUGAUUUAAUCCCUUCAGCCCUUCCCUCAAUAGUGGGCCGUUUCAUGUAUCGAAAGGGGAACGCGACUUUCAGGGAAGCAAACAUUCGAUUGAAAUCGUAAAAACGAGCAUUAAAUUCCUCUCAAAACAAAACAUACUUUCCAACUUUUUAUCUUGGAAAAAAAUAUAAAAUUUGAAACUUUAGUCCGACCAGAACUAUUUUUUUUACUUCAAAAUUCUUCAUUAUACUUUUCUUUGUUCCUGCCUACGAGGGAUAUGUACCGUUUUCUGUCCAGCUUCACUGUGUCAUAACUCUCGAGGACAGACAAUUUUCCUCCGUACUGUUAAAACUUAAUAAUCCUCAAAAUACAAACAGGUGACGAUAAUUUUUGUAAAAAAAAAAAAAAUGGACAAAAACCAUUCCUUUUUGAUGAUACCGUGAAGGGGGAGAACUGAAGGGGUUAUUUCACAUUCAUUGGGAGUUUAAUAAAAGAUUCUUUAAAGCGGCACCUUUUAUUUAUUAUUGUUUUGUUAAAUUGUGAUGUGGCUAUUUUUAUACACUCUUGUUAAUGUGAUUAUUAAAAGACUAUGUGGAAGGAGAAAAAA